ACAAUUGCCUGUGGUUUUUGUAGAUGUUUGAUGUAUAACGAAUAGUGUCGCCACUUUAUUAAUACACUUUGUGCUGUCGUGUCUUCUUUUUCAAUAAUAUUCGUGGUUUUUUAAAGAAAAAAAAAAAACGGGAGAAUUAGUGAAAAAAUUAAUAAAGGCAAAUCUAUUUUUUGUAUAAAUUAUUGCAAAUUUUCAACACUUGGCUGAAAAUUUAUAAAUUUCUAUUUUAAUAUUUAAUAAUAUUAGCUUAGUAAGCAGCAAAAAAUAACAACAGCCAACGCCGCUGCCGCACUUGUACAUUCGUUACCUACAAAUCCAUUAAAACUGCUCCCCGCUCCCGUUUUCUUUCUUUUAAAUUUGUUUUUGUAAAAUAAAAGCACAUAAAAACCACAACAUACAAAAUGUUCAUCUGGGAUUGGUUCACUGGUGUUUUAGGAUACUUGGGUUUAUGGAAGAAAUCUGGUAAAUUAUUGUUCCUUGGUUUGGAUAAUGCUGGUAAAACAACAUUGUUGCACAUGCUCAAAGAUGAUAAAUUAGCCCAACAUGUCCCAACUUUGCAUCCCACAUCGGAAGAAUUAUCUAUUGGCAAUAUGCGUUUCACUACAUUCGAUUUGGGCGGUCACACUCAAGCACGUCGUGUGUGGAAAGAUUAUUUCCCCGCCGUAGAUGCUAUCGUUUUCUUGAUAGAUGCCUGGGAUCGUGGUCGUUUCCAAGAAAGUAAAAAUGAAUUAGAUUCCCUUCUCACAGAUGAGGCCUUGUCAAAUUGUCCUGUACUGAUUUUGGGUAACAAAAUCGAUAAGCCUGGUGCUGCCAGCGAAGAUGAACUUAGAAAUGUUUUUGGUCUCUAUCAAUUAACCACCGGCAAGGGUAAAGUAGCACGUUCCGAUUUACCCGGUCGUCCCUUGGAAUUGUUCAUGUGCUCGGUACUGAAAAGACAAGGUUAUGGCGAAGGUUUCCGUUGGUUAGCGCAGUAUAUUGAUUAAGUUGUGUAGUAGUUUGGUUGUUUAAAAAUCGAAUUGUGGUGGCAAAACAACAACAAUAACAAAAGAAGAAUAAUUUCUAUUAAUUUUUACAUCAAUUAAGAAGCAUUAUACAAUAUUUGUAACUGCAGCAGCCAUUGUUUUCCUCCUUCUCAUAACAGACAACAAGAAGCAAACAAACCGACACACUACAUCUAAAUCCAAGAAGACACACUAUUCAUUCACAAACAAGAUGAAAUCAACAACAACAAAUAAACAAACAACAACAAAAUACAAAAAACCGUAAAGAUAAUAAUAAAACGUAAUAAUAAAUAAUAACAAUAAAAUAAAAAAUUGAAAAAUAUCUAUAAAAUUUAUAAAAAUAAAAACAAUUUACUGGGAAGAAGGCGCAAUUUUAACUUUAUAAAAAGCAAGAAAAGAAAUAUAAAUUUUAAAUUGACAUUUUUUCCAACGCAUUAUUUAUUAGAGAGAGAAGUGCUUUUUUAAAACGUUUCUUCAUUUUUUUUUUCGUUUUUAUCAUAAAAAAUAAAUAAUGCAUCAUAGAUUCCAUACAACACUUUAAAUAUACUCUUGUGAUGUCUACACAAACAAAUGUAAAGGAUUUGAUAUCCAUUGCACUUUAUGAUUUUAUUUCCUUUUUCCAAUUUGUAACUAGUUGCAACCUCACAUACAUUCUAGCUUCUAUUUAAUAUUAUAAAUAUUUCUUUUGUUUUAGUUUCCUAUUUUAUUUCUCUGUUUCAUUCAUAAGUUUUAUUAAUUUUAUUUAGCUUAAAUUUUUUGGUCUUGUAAAAUAUUCUAAUUAAUGAUGAUUCUCUGUGCAAAACAACAAAAACUUAAGAAAAGAAAAAUAAUAUCCUAAAUAAAAAGAAAAUAUCUCCUUUUUUA